AUGCCACCAAAACCUGCUCCGGGAACGCAAAAGAUUACAUCCUUCUUUUCUGUGAAGAAACCAACAUCUUCAUCAACAGAUAAAUCACCAAAAAAGCCCUCAGCAAGCAGUAGCAAUGGCAAUAUUGAAAAUCCAAACAAACGUAAAAGAGAGUCUGUCACCCUUGAAUUGAGUGAUGAUUCUGAUGGAUGUGCAUCACCAAUUCUUACCAGGUCUCAGAGAGCAGAACAAGUUAAAUCUCCAUCAUCAUCCACACCUUCCAAAUCAACAACAAGCACAACACCAACCAAAUCUACACCAACUAAAUCAUCAGCAUCUAAAACAACCACCAGUAGUACUAGCAGCAGUAGUAAAUCAACCAAAUCUACACCAACUAAAUCCACUGUCACACUCAAGAAGCAACCAACAAGUGUAAAAGAUGAAGAUUGGAGUGAUGAUGAAAGAGAUUUUGGUAAAGACAAGAUAGUGUUGAAUAAGGCAACACCAACCAAGUCUCCAGUAGUAGCUCAAAAGAACACAAAGAUUAUAUUGGAUGAUGAUGCGCUCAGUAGUCAAGAUGUUGUUUCAUCCCCUUCCACUAAAAAGAGAAAGACUAGCUCUCCAUUCACCAAAUCGCCAAGAAAAGUCAAAGAAGAGGAAGUUGAGGAGAAACCUAAAACAACACCAAAGAAGGAGGUUAAAAAAGAGGAAAAGAAAAAAAAGAAUGAUGACGACGAUGAAGAGAAACCAGCCGAAACCAAAAAGAGAAACUUUUAUGAUAAGACACAACAUCAAAAUCAGCAAAAAGCUAAAAAUCAUGGAUGUAAAACUGUGCCUGUCGGAAAAGCAAAUUGUCUCAAAGACAAAUCUUUUGUUAUUACUGGUCAAAUGGAAUCACUCGAUAGAGAUGAAAUGGAAGACCUCAUUAAGCAAUAUGGAGGUGUGAUUCGUGGAAAUGUUUCUGGAAGAACCAGCUUUGUUGUAGUUGGUGAUGGGCCUGGAGAAAGUAAAAUGAAAAAAGUUAGAGAACACAAAACUAAGCAACUUUCAGAGGAUGAUUUGUUGGAAAUGAUUGCAAAAUCAAACCCAAGUGGAAAAGAUUCUAUGGAUGAAACAGAUGAUGAUGUCAGUCCUCCACCACAAAAGUUUAUUCCUCCUUCAAAACCAAACUCUGUUGGUGCUUCCACCACUCAAGUUAUCAAAUCCAAAAAUGCUGACGAUCAACUUUGGGUUGAAAAGUACAAACCAUCCACGUCUUCGCAAAUUAUUGGACAUAAUAAGGAAUGUGGACUUUUACUUAAUUGGUUAAAGGAGUGGCAUGCGAAUCUUGACAAGGAAAUUCAAGCUGCCUCAACGCAAACUAAGGGAAGAAAGAAAGCAGCAACUGAAUGGAAGAGAGCAGCCUUCCUAUCUGGUCCUCCAGGUAUUGGUAAAUCAACUUCAGCAGCUCUAAUUGCCAAGGAGGCUGGGUUUACAAAUAUUGUAGAAUUGAAUGCAUCUGAUAGUAGAAGCAAAAAGGCAAUGAAGGAACAAAUUGUAGAAUCUUGUCUCUCCAAUAAUAUUUCCAAUUAUUUCCAAAAGAAGGGUCAACCAAAACCUAAAGAUGACAAACAACGAACUAUUGUUAUCAUGGACGAAGUUGAUGGUAUGUCGAGUGGUGAUAGAGGUGGAGUUGUUGAGCUUGUUCAAAUUAUCAAACAAACUCGUGUGCCUGUCAUUUGUAUUGCCAAUGAUAGAUCUAAAAUCUCCUUGAAAACUCUCAUUACUCACUGUUUGGAUCUCAAAUUUAGCAGACCUAGCAAGGCUACAAUUACCAAAAAAUUAUUGGAAGUCUGUAAGAAGGAAAAUCUCAGCAUUGACAAUAAUGCUUUGGAAUAUAUGGUUGAAUCUCUGAACAAUGAUAUCAGAAGUGUGUUGAAUAAUCUCCAACUCAUCAAUAGAUACAGUGCUAAAGAUCAUAUUGGCUAUUUAGACGCCAAGAGUAGUGACUUGACAAAAACCAGCUCAACAGACGGUAUUUUUGAUGUUGUAAAGGAUGUACUUGGGCAAAACAGCAAAAAGUACAAUGAAAGACUUGAAGACUUUUACUUUGAUCCAAUGCUUGUACCUCUGUUCGUUGAACAGAACUAUAUUAAUAUAAGGCCACCUGGAGAUGAUAAGGAGAGAAUUCAAAGAAUUUCAUAUGCAUCUGAUUCCAUUUCUAUGGGUGAUAUUGUUAAUUCCAAGAUUAGAAAGGAAAUGUCAUUUGGUCUCAUGAAUUCUCAUGCAUUCUACAGUACCAUGUAUCCUGCUUACUUUAUUCGAGGUUCUUUCCAAGCAUUGAGAGGUUAUGACAAGUAUUAUCAAUUCCCAGCCGUUUUGGGUAAAGGAAGUACAACAACAAAGAACUAUAAUGCUCUUAAGACUAUUCAAAAGACUACAUCACUCAAAGCUAGUGCCGACACUUUGGAAAUGUUAGACUACCUUCCACUUCUUUCUAAAACUCUUCUCAAUCCUCUUUUGGGUGGAGACAAAGAUGUUCAGGAAACAAUUGAAGCAAUGGAUGAAUAUCAAAUUUCUCGUGAUGAUUUAGAGUUUAUGUGUGAAUUAUCAACAUUUAAGGGAAAGAAUUCAUCUGACCAAAAUAAGGAUUGGUUCUCUGAGAUUGAUACUAAAACCAAGACAGCUCUUACUAGACAAUAUAACAAAGCUCACAAGGGAUUUAACAAGGUUAGUGCAGCAGCUGCCCUCUCAAAGGUUGAAGACGAGGAAAAUCCUGAAGCAGAGGAAGAGGACGAAGAAGAAGAUUUAAAGGCUGAUAAGUUUGUUACCAAGAUGAAGAAUAUUGCCAAACUUGAAGCAUUUGAAAAGAAACGAGAAAAGGCUGAAAAAGCUGAAAAGAAGUCAACCAAAAAGACAACCAAGAAGGAGACAACAAAGAAAGAGUCAACCAAAAAAGAGUCAACUAGCAAAAAGGAAGUUAAAAAAGAGACUGAAAAAAAGCCACUUGUGCUUAAAAAGAAAUAA